AGGCAGUGUUAACUCAUCAAUUUGUAUCAAAAUGUCAGCAAUACAAUCUCCAUUGUCGGCAUUGUCUGUUGAAGAAAAUGUUGGCGAUUUAAUACAUAAAUCCAGAGUUCUGGUUGUUGGGGCCGGUGGAAUAGGUUGUGAAGUAUUGAAGAAUUUAGCAUUAUCGGGAUUUCAAGAUAUUGAAAUUAUUGAUCUGGACACAAUUGAUGUAAGCAACUUGAAUCGACAAUUCUUAUUCAGAAAGGAACAUGUUGGAAAACCUAAAGCAGUUGUAGCUGCAUUAAGUAUUAAGAGCUAUAAUCCUGAUUUGAAGAUUAAAACAUACCAUGACAGUAUUACAAGUCAAGAUUAUGGAGUCAACUUUUUCAAGAAGUUCAAUCUAGUAUUGAAUGCCUUGGAUAAUCGUGCUGCCAGAAACCAUGUUAACCGUAUGUGCUUGGCUGCUGAUGUUCCACUCAUUGAAUCUGGAACUUCUGGUUAUUCUGGCCAAGUAGAAUUGAUCAAAAAGAGUGUGACUCAGUGUUAUGAGUGCCAGCCAAAACCAGCUCAGAAAACAUUUCCUGGUUGCACUAUCAGGAAUACUCCAUCUGAACCAGUUCAUUGCAUAGUUUGGGCUAAACAUUUGUUCAAUCAGUUAUUUGGGGAAGAUGAUGCAGACCAAGAUGUGUCUCCGGAUGCAGAAGAUCCAGAAGCUAAAGUGGAAGGAGAACAUAGUGCUACUGAUUCUGGAAAUGUGAAAAGGACAUCCACACGACAGUGGGCUCAGGAUAUCAAAUAUGAACCAGCCCAAUUAUUCAAUAAGUUUUUCAAAAAUGAUAUUGAAUAUUUACUGACCAUGGAAAACUUGUGGAAGACCCGCAAACCGCCUGGUCCUCUGUCUUGGGAAGAAGCUGCUUCUCAUGCGGGAGAUACAAACGAAGACUCGAACGAUGUCCGAGUGACCGACAUGCAAGUUUGGUCGGUGAGCAAAUGCGCCAAAGUGUUCUCCGAUACGAUCGGCGAUCUGAAAGAGGCCUUGACCGACAAGAGCUUCCUGGUGUGGGACAAAGACGACAAAUCAGCGAUGGAUUUCGUUACCGCUUGUGCGAAUAUACGAGCGCACAUUUUUUCCAUUCCGACCAAGUCGAGGUUCGCUAUCAAAUCCAUCGCUGGAAACAUCAUCCCUGCCAUCGCGACUGCCAACGCCAUCAUAGCAGGUCUCGUUGUUCUCCAAGCUUUCAGGGUGCUCGUCCAAGAGUACGAGAAAUGCCCGUCCGUCUAUCUCAGGAAAAAGUCCGUUCAUUCUAAAUUCCUAUUGGCCGCUGACAAACAAGUGACGAAAGCGAAUCCGACUUGUUACGUGUGCAGCCCUCAGCCAUUCGUCAAUGUGUUCGUGAAUGUUGAAACUAUGACGGUGAAAGAAUUCGAGACGGAAUUGUUGAAGAAGCAUUUGAAUAUGGUCGCCCCAGAUGCUGUUUUGGACGGUAAAGGGAUGGUCGUUAUUUCUUCGGAGGAAGGGGAGACAGAGGCGAACGAUAACAAAAAGUUGAAAGAAAUCGGCAUAGUCGAUGGUAGCAUUUUGAAAUGCGAUGACUUCCUCCAAAACUACGAACUCACUGUAGCAAUCAAUCACUACGAAGCCAAGGAGAAAGACGAUCCUCUGUUCAAGGUCGUCGCGAAUCCGGAAGACUUGAAAGCUAAGGAAUCUCAAAAUGGGCAAGAAGAUGGUAGUAAGAGCGAUAAAAAACAAAAUGCUGAAGAAAGCGACGAAGACGAUUUGAUGGUGGUCGAUGAACAAGAGGAUCCUCAAGAGGGGUCGUCCAAAAGGAGGAAACUCAAUCCGCCUGAUGAGAGGGUGGAUGAGGAUGAUGAUUUGUGUAUAGUUGAAGCUUAAUUUUCAUUACCUGCCUUCAAUAAAAAAAACAUUUUUUUUUCGUGUUGUGA